AACCGCUAAGAUCUUCCAAAAACUUAACUUGCCUCCGUCUGUCUUUAAAUCUAGAAGCUGCAUCACUCAAAGAAAAUGCGACCAAUAUUGCUACAAGGCCACGAGCGGUCUCUCACGCAGAUCAAGUUCAACAGAGAGGGCGAUCUCCUAUUCUCAGCCUCGAAGGAUCUCAUCAUCAACGUCUGGUUUUCGCACAACGGAGAGCGCUUAGGCACGUACGAAGGACAUAAUGGCUCUGUCUGGACGAUUGAUGUAGACUCGCAAUCGCGGUUCUUGGUGUCAGGUGCGGCUGAUAACGAGAUGCGACUAUGGUCUGUACAGACCGGAAAGUGUUUGUUCGUGUGGGAGUUCCCAACCGCAGUGAAGCGGGUUGCGUUCAACGAGAAUGAUGACCAAGUGGUCUGCAUCACGGAGCAACGGAUGGGCUACCAGGGUGCCAUUCGGGUCUUCGAUAUUAACCGGGAAGGCGACGGUACAAAUCAAAGCAAGGAGCCGGCGUCAAUCUUUCAUCCCAUCGGCUCGAAGGCCACAGUUUGCGCCUUCUCCUACAUCCCUAAUUUGAUCAUAACUGGUCACGAAUCAGGCAAAGUUGCACUCUUUGAUGCAAAGAGUGGAGAGGAGGUUCUCAACAAUGAGCGUGCACAUAUGGACGUCGUCACGGAUCUCCAGCUCAGCUCGGAUCGUACAUACUUUAUCACCAGCAGCAAGGAUAAAACGGCGCGGAUACAUGACGCUAAGACACUCACUGUUUUGAAAACUUUCAGCACCGAAACGCCGUUGAACAGUGCCACAUUGGCGCCGAAAAUGCCUUAUGUUCUGCUAGGAGGAGGACAGGAGGCCAUGAGUGUCACGACAACAUCUCUACGGCAAGGCAAGUUCGAAACCCGAUUCUGGCAUCAAGUCUUUGAAGAGGAAGUGGGACGAGUAAAAGGCCACUUCGGCCCUAUCAACACUAUCGCUGUGCAUCCCGCAGGAACCGCAUAUGCAUCUGGAGGAGAGGAUGGUUUCGUGCGUGUACACCAAUAUGACGAAAGCUAUUUCAAAGCCAAACCAUACGGAGAUAUCGAAAUUCUCAAUUAGAACUUGGAGCUACUUGUUUGUCAUUGAAUUUUCGAUUGGUUUCUGUGGUGUAUUUUGUACGCUUAAUUUCAUUCAAAAGAUACUUGUAUCGACAUGCAC